GUCAGAGAGCAGCUGUGUGGGAGCACGUGAAGAUGAACUACACUACCCAUAAUCCCACAGCACGGAUAAGAAGAAUCCUGCCAUGGCUUUAACCAUCCGACGCCGGCUCCGAGGUCGCAGGAUCCCCAUGGAGACGGAGUGCGGGAGAACAAUGUCGUCCCGCUCGGACAGUGGGAGCGGGGAGGACUCGUUGGACCGGCUCCUGCCCCCCACCGGGGCCCCUCGCAGGAAAAGCACUACCUCACUGAGUAAAACUGAGCCUCCUCUGCUCCGCACGGGCACACGCACCAUCUACACCGCCGGCCGCCCUCCCUGGUAUGACGAGCACGGAGCGCAGUCAAAAGAGGCCUUUGUCAUCGGGUUGUGUGGGGGCAGCGCCUCAGGGAAGACCACCGUGGCCAAUAAGAUCAUCGAGGCUCUGGAUGUGCCGUGGGUUGUGCUGUUGUCUAUGGAUUCUUUCUACAAGGUUUUAUCCCCAGAGGAGCAGACUUUGGCGGCAAAUAACGACUACAACUUUGAUCACCCGGGGGCGUUUGACUUCGAGCUGCUGGUCGCCACCCUGCGAAAGCUGAAGCAGGGCAAGAGCGUGAAGAUCCCGGUGUACGAUUUCACCACACACAGACGGCAGAAAGACUGGAAAAAUGUGUACGGCGCCAGUGUAAUCAUAUUUGAAGGCAUUAUGUCGUUUGCGGACAAAGAGCUUCUUCAGCUCCUGGAUAUGAAAAUCUUUGUGGACACAGACUCAGACAUUCGGCUGGUCCGCCGGCUGCGCAGGGACAUCACAGAGCGCGGACGAGACAUUGAAGGCGUCAUCAAGCAAUACAACAAGUUUGUGAAGCCGGCCUUUGAGCAGUACAUCGAGCCGACCAUGAGGCUGGCUGAUAUCGUUGUGCCGAGAGGUGGUGGGAAUAUGGUGGCCAUUGAUCUGAUAGUGCAGCACGUUCACAGCCAGCUGGAGGAGCGUGAGCUCAGUGUCAGGGCGCUCCUGGCCUCCGCGCAGCAGACUCAGCCGCUGCCUCAGACGCUCAGCGUGCUGGAGAGCACGCCGCAGGUCAAAUGCCUGCACACCAUCAUCAGGAAUAAAGAAACCAGUCGAGACGAGUUUAUCUUCUACUCAAAGAGAUUAAUGCGGCUUCUCAUAGAACAUGCACUGACGUUUCUGCCAUCUCAGCCGUGUGUAGUUCAGACUCCUCAGGGUCACGAGUACGAGGGCCGCAGGUACAACGGCAAAGGGAUCACCGGUGUGUCGGUCCUGCGGGCGGGAGAGACCAUGGAGCCCGCCCUGAGGGCCGUGUGCAAGGACGUCCGCAUCGGCAAGAUCCUCAUCCAGACCAACCUCGACUCAGGAGAACCAGAGCUGCAUUACCUGCGUCUGCCCAAAGACAUCAGCGAAGAUCAUGUCAUCCUAAUGGACAGCACGGUCUCCACCGGCGCCGCUGCCAUGAUGGCAGUACGAGUGCUGUUGGAUCACGAGGUGCAGGAGGAAAAAAUCGUGUUGGUGUCGCUGUUGAUGGCGGAGCUCGGGGUGCACUCUGUGGCCUACGCCUUCCCGAAGGUCAAAAUCAUCACCACCGCUGUGGACAAGAGUCUGGACGAUUUGUUGCAUGUAAUUCCGGGUAUCGGGGACUUUGGGGACCGGUACUUUGGGACAGACGGGUCCGACAGCUGGAGUGACGAGGACCAGGAUCAGCCGUCGUACUGACACACACAUCUGUGAGCCACUGUGAAAGAAAAUACAAACACUACUUGAAAACUUCCAUUAUUGUGCACCCUUCUCUUUAGGCAUAAACCAGCAAAAAAACACUUUUUGUGUACUUUACGGGAACUUUUGUACUCUUAUACAGCAGAGUCUCUGUCAUCACGGUGUAUGCAGGAGGGAGAUUUUGUUGUAUUUAAAACUGAGUGUUCAUGUUUUUUUAAAGAGGGGUCACAGAACUAAAACAGUG